AUGGAUAUCAUAGAGACAGCAAAACUGGAGGAACAUAUGGAAAACCAAACCAAUGAUCCUGCAAACACUUACACAAGACCUGCUGAGCCUGUUGAAGAAGAGAACAAAAAUGGCAACAGUAAAGCUAAGAGCUUAUCCAAUGGGUUGCGGAAGGGCACCAAAAAGUACCCGGACUAUAUCCAAAUUGCUAUGCCCACAGAAUCGAGGAACAAAUUUCCCCUCGAGUGGUGGAAAACGGGCAUUGCUUUCGUGUACGCGCUUUUCAACCUCGUCCUGACAACCGUCAUGAUCACGGUUGUGCACGAGAGGGUCCCUCCCAAGGAACUCAGCCCUCCACUCCCAGACAAGUUUUUUGAUUACAUAGAUCGGGUGAAAUGGGCAUUUUCUGUAUCAGAAAUAAAUGGGAUUAUAUUAGUUGGAUUAUGGAUCACCCAGUGGCUGUUUUUGAGAUACAAGUCAAUAGUGGGGCGCAGAUUCUUUUUUAUCAUUGGAACUUUAUACCUGUAUCGCUGUAUCACAAUGUAUGUUACUACUCUCCCGGUGCCUGGAAUGCAUUUCCAGUGUGCUCCAAAGCUCAAUGGAGACUCUCAGGCCAAAGUACAGCGGAUUCUACGGCUGAUUUCUGGCGGCGGAUUGUCCAUAACGGGGUCGCACAUCUUGUGCGGGGACUUCCUCUUCAGCGGCCACACAGUUGUGCUGACACUUACUUAUUUGUUCAUCAAAGAAUAUUCGCCUCGCCACUUCUGGUGGUAUCACUUAAUCUGCUGGCUGUUGAGUGCUGCCGGGAUCAUCUGCAUUCUGGUAGCACAUGAACACUACACCGUUGACGUGAUCGUUGCCUAUUACAUCACAACUCGGCUCUUCUGGUGGUACCAUUCCAUGGCCAACGAAAAGAACUUGAAGGUCUCUUCACAGACUAAUUUCUUGUCUCGAGCGUGGUGGUUCCCCAUCUUUUAUUUUUUUGAGAAAAAUGUACAAGGCUCGAUCCCUUGCUGCUUCUCCUGGCCUCUGUCCUGGCCUCCUGGCUGCUUCAAAUCAUCUUGCAAGAAGUACUCACGGGUUCAGAAGAUCGGGGAAGAUAAUGAGAAAUCUACCUGA